AUGGGAAUUCUCGAGAAGCUUGAGGUGCCUCAUGCACCUGGGUUGACGUACUCUCAGAUGUUUUUGAGUAACAAUGAUUUGGUUCCGGUACCUCCAGAGGAGAGGAAAUGGAAAGCCAGAAAUUUUGUAUCUUUCUGGAUCGCUGAUUCGUUUAAUGUUAAUACUUGGAUGAUUGUUUCAUCGAUGGUUCAGUUAAAGCUGUCCUGGUGGCAAGCCUGGCUAUGCGUAUGGCUCGGCUACGGCAUCGUUGCGCCUUUCAUUGUGUUAAACGCCCGGCCUGGUGCAAUCUUCCAUGUCACGUUCCCUGUCGUUGCCCGCACGAGCUUUGGAUUAUAUGGGAGUUUGUGGUGUACAUUCAACCGCGGUGUCAUGGCCUGUAUCUGGUACGGUGUCCAGGCGAGUAUCGGUGGAGACUGCGUCAAAGUGAUGCUCCGGGCAAUGUGGCCUAGUGUGAACGAUAUUCCCAACCACCUGCCUGCAUCUUCUGGAACGACGACACGCGACUUUAUGUGUUUUUUCCUGUUCUGGUUGAUUUCAUUGCCUGCUAUUUGGUUCCCAAUUCAUCAAAUCCGCCACUUGUUCACUCUCAAAUCGAUUGUUACACCGAUUGCAGGCAUCACUUUCUUCAUUUGGUGUAUCGUGAAGGCGAAGGGCGUCGGUCCUAUUAUCUCUCGUCCUUCUGAAAUCCAUGGCUCGGAGCUGGGAUGGGCGAUGGUCGUCAGUCUCAUGUCGUGCAUCAGCAACAUGGCUACUCUUGUCACCAAUGCUCCCGAUUUUGCGUCUCGUGCCACUACUCCAUCGGCAGCGCUCUGGCCUCAGUUCUUUUCUGUGCCAAUCUCGUUCUCGGUGGUCAGUUUCCUCGGAAUUAUCGUCAGUUCCUCCUCCGAGAACAUUUAUGGUGAAGCCAUUUGGUCGCCCAUUGACCUUCUUGGGAAAUUUUUGGAUGAUGGUCCGUCCAGCGCAACACGCUUUGGUGUCUGGUUCAUCUCUUUUGCAUUCAUUAUUGCGCAGUUGGGAACCAAUAUCUCUGCUAAUUCGAUCAGUGCUGGAUGUGAUUUGACAUCUCUCUUGCCCCGUUUCAUUAAUAUCCGCCGUGGUGGAUACAUCGCUGCUAUUGUUGGACUUUGCAUGCUUCCAUGGAAUCUUCUAAAGAGCAGCAGCAGCUUUACCUCGUACCUCUCUGCGUACUCUGUCUUCCUGAGCUCUAUUGCUGGUGUCAUGAUCACGGAAUACUACGUGAUCCGCCGUGGCCAUUACAAUGUCGCGGACCUCUACGACGCGCAUAAGGGUGGAUGGUAUAAAUAUACCUAUGGAAUUAACUUCCGUGCUUAUGCAGCAUAUAUCGCUGGCAUUCUCAUCAACGUCGUUGGCUUCGCCGGUGCUACCGGCAGAACCGUACCUUUGGCAGCUACACGGAUCUACCAGAUGUCCUUCUUCACAGGCUUUGGCGUGUCAGCGCUGAUUUAUAUCAUCCUCAACAAAAUUUUCCCUGUGCCAGGGGUGUACACGAAAUUCGAAGAAAUUGACGUUUCCGGCAUGGUAUACGACGAACACAGUCCGGAACAUGACUCUAGACAAAAUGAUUCCGAACACGACACUGCAAGUGCGAGCGAAAUCGACUCGAAAGAUAGUAAAAGCAAGAUUUGA